AUGCGUGUUACACAACAUCGGCCUCGCCCGUCUGGCAUGAAAUCUCUUGUCAUCGUUUUCACUGCCGUGUGUGCUGUUCUUUCCUUCGAUCUGGAACCUGGAGAUGACGCGCCUCUAUAUCACUUGAAAACUCUCAACGGAUUCGUGGAUCGACGCGAGAUGACGGUCUUCUACGCUCUCGACAAUCGCUCGGCAUUUGUAGAAUGUCUCUGGACGAAAAACGAAUCGGUCGACCACCUCAUCCAGAACUCGUCGUCCGACGUGCAGUACGUAUUCAUGAGCUUCUCCGAGAGCGCGGAAGGUCACGUGUCGUGGAUGCAAAACAGACUCAAGUCGCGUGUCGAAUUUCUGAGCAACGAGACUGGCAUCAGAUUCGACGGGUUUCUCAAGCGUGCUCACUUUGUAAUUCAUUCGGCCGGCAAAACGGGCACCUGGAUUGACUGGCUUCUUGGAAACUGGACUUGCAGAGAUCACGGAUGCGGCAUCAAUCAGUUGAAUAUCACAACAGCAGCGUCUGGGAACUUCUCCAUGAGAAGGUUAGAUUCUCGUUAUGACUGGAUUCCAGAGGCAGUUGAGUUUACAAACAAGACGUUAACUUUGUCUGAUUUCGGUGACGGUUGCACAACAACCAGUAAGAAUUUGAUGAAGAAACUGGCUCUUGUUUACAGAGGAGGACCAGCAAACUGCACAUAUUUCACAAAAAUUCAAAACGCUCAACAAUCCAAUGCAUCUGGUGUUAUCGUGUACUCGACACCUGAUCUUCCACUGGUUGAUAUGAACUGUCAAGGCGAUGAGUGUGAUCACCAGUUGCAAAUCCCUGGCACUAUGAUUUCAUAUGUCGAUGGAAUGACUUUGAAAAUGGCUUUGACUCAGGGAGACGUGAAUGUCACAUUUACAAUUUUGUCUUCUCCGUUAUUUUAUUUUGGUGUUGACGCUGAAGGCCGAGUGCAGCAGACAGGCUGGCUUUUGUACCCAUCUUUUCUCUUUCUCACUUGGCAAGCAGAAUGGUUUCAAUAUACGAAAGAACUGAAUAGAAAUUUGUCCAAACCUGCUGACGUUGUUCCAGUUUUCGAACGUACUGUGAUGCAGGGCAUUGUUGGUGCAACAACUAUAAUAGAAGUUCCUCCAAUGAAAGAUCUGCAGCAGUAUAGCAACAUCGAACUUGAUAUGGCCUUGUCUUGCCCCGGCACACGAGACUCAACUUGUGCUCAGUGGGAUCACAUCGUUUCUCUCUACAUUUGUUGCAAUAUGUCUGGUCCGUAUUGUGGCCAGGAACUUGGAAGAUGGAUCACCCCGUUUCGAAGGCGAAUCGGUCAUUGGUUGACUCCUGUCCGGCCUCUCCUUCCUUUCUUUGAUGCCAAACGAUGCAAUUUCACUAUGAAAUUAGACGCUUCGUGGGCCAUGCCCUGGUUACCGUCUCUAAACAUUCGCUUCUCCAACAAACAGCAAGACAAUUCAAACAUCACUGUCCCACACAGAAUCCAGCCUCUCUUUCGUGGUGGAAAAUUCAAUAAAUUCUACAAUUCACGUUAUGCACCAAUUUCAUUUUACGUCGGGCUCAAUGAUGUUCAUGUGAAGCUGGAGUCUGUGAUAACAGGCCACGGGAGUGAUAAUCACAAUUGUGCCGAAUUCUGUGUGACAUCCCACCAUUUUGUGGUCAACGGAAAGUACGAGUACGUUCAGACAUUCUCUAAUGCUGGGACGCCACUCGGGUGUGCUCGUCGUGUUCUUGAUGGCGUCGAGCCGAACGAGCAUGGCACUUGGUUGUAUGGCCGAGAUGGAUGGUGUGAUGGACAAGAGGUGCUGCCGUGGGUGGUUGAUAUCACUGAGUGUGUUCAUCAAGGAAAGAACGACGUGAAGUAUUUUGGAUUGUUUAACGGAAAGGAUCCCGAUCCGGAUCCUAAGGUUGUCCCAGGGUAUAUAAUGAUGUACUCCAAUGUUAUCUUCUAUAGGAAAAUGGACGAUAGUAGCAUGCAGGAUGUUAUUUGAUGUGAGAGACAAGAAUUGAGAUACUGUAUGAGAGAUAUUAGAUUCAGUAGAGGUACAACUAUAUGCUCUGUUUGUGUGGUCUUUGACCUUCAGAGUGUACGAGUACUAUACUGUAUAGUAUUCUGUAACAUUGAGUAGUUGGAAUCAUUGCUUGAUGGUUUUAGUUGUGGCGUUGGCGAACAGUUGUUCUUAAUUGAUAAUGAUGGAUUCUACUUUAUGACUAAAAGUCUGUCUAAGGAAGCAGCACUUGAUACUAACA